AUGCGUCGAGAUUACGAAGAAAACCCUCGAGAGGGAACCCGUGACUUUCGUAUGGAUCUUCCGUCGAACAACCCAGAGAAACACUUUGACUACUACUUCGAUGAAGAGUUGAACGACAUUGUCCCGGAUCGUGACGAGCCCUCCCCUCUCCCAGAGCCCGAAAUGAUCCAAGUCUAUUUUGGCUUUGAUGAACAACAACCGGAAGACGCAGUCCAUCUUGAAGUCCUCGAGGAGCUCUUCCCUGAUAAUGCUGAAGACUUUGCUUCUAGAGAAGAGAUUCGUUUCCCUCAAGUCCCUGAUGAAGUCAAAAAACUCUUGAUUGCAUUCCUCUAUACCGGAGGACUCAACCGUCCCGAUAUAGACGACAACAGCACCCAUGAGAAGAUUUGCAAAGAGUUUGAACUCAUGUUUCAUCUUAACGCUGCAGGCUGCUACACAGCCAUCAGCAGGCUGACGACCGACUCUCAUGCGUCUCUAUGGGAAAUCAAUUUGUGGAUGACCGAGGAAGAAAUCAAGGACUUUGUCAACAACCACAUUCAUAAAGAAUGGCCCAACCGUAUCCCUGAGUGGUACAAAGCCUUCCUCGAACAUUGUAUCAACCAACACAUUCACGCAAUAGCAAUGGAGUUGCGCAAGCCUAUAACCGCUGACUCUAACUUGCAAGGCCAGCAGCCAAUCACAACAACGAACGACAGUUGA